ACGUAUAGAGAGAAAACUCGUUGGCUUGAAGAAGCAAAUCGAAGAUCUCCGAUCAGAGCUUGAAGCAGUGAAUUCCGAGCUUGAAGAAGCGAAAAGUCUAAAAGAAACAACCGAGCAAGAGCUUAAAGGCUUCGAAGUUGAAUUAGCUUUGAACGAAGCUUCGAUUCAAGCCCUAGAGGCCAGGAUUGCUUUGAUUCAAGAUGAAAUAUCCACCAUUGGAUCUGAAAUAGAGGAUCUUAAGAAUAAAGAGGCAACAUCAAGAGAUGAGUUUAUAUGUCAAAUGGUUCAGUUCAAUACUAAGAUAAGGAAAUUCCAAGAGACAAUAACUUCUGGUUUUGAGAACAAGAAUAUUGUUGGCAAUGCAUCAGAAGAGGACCGUAAAUUUGUAAAGAAGGAGGUCACUAAAAUUGCUUCAAGAACUAUAGAGGAUCAGCUUGCUCACGUUGUUUCUCAAAUAGCUAAAGAGGAGGAAGAAUACCUUGCGGAACAGAAUACCCAAAAAAAGCUUCAGCUAGAGUUGACUGACAUUGAAAGGAAGGCGGCUCUGAUGGAUGGAAUGAAGCGGGAAACAAAAGCUCUAGAGGACUUGACAAGAUAUCCUUAUCUAAUUUGCCCUAGGAACUGCACAUUGAAAUUUCAUCGAUUAAUCAUGAAGUCUUGAUUAAAAAGCAGUACGUGAAAGAGAAAAUUCCAUGUGCAUGUUAUGCUAAUAAAUCAUACAUCAACAUUACUAUUAGGUGUGCUUAACACACCUAAACACAGAUUGGGUUGAUCGCUUUGUAUAUCUGCAAUUUAUACAAGCUGUUUUCCUCACAAGUUAAUUCCCUAUUUUGUUAUCAAGAAAAUAAUGGGAAAGAAAAAAAAUCUUGAAACUGAUAACUAUUAGAAGUUGAAAUCUUAUGUUAAUUUACUUGUAUUCUCAUAGGCCUAGGAGUCAAGAAGGUCAUUCAUCUGUGGAUCUUUCCAUUUCUAUAGAUUUUAUACAUCUCAAUACAUGCAAGGUUAGACAAAGUAUAUAUUUGAAUUUUUAUGCUGGCUUUUGAAUUCUUUUUCUUAACAUCUUCUGUGAAUUAAAACUAUUACUUGUAAAAUAGCUCCUUGACUGGAAAUAAGCAGACUUCCGAACUGGAAAAGACGUGUGCUUCCUUCAAUGAAGAGUUGCAGAAGAGGUGUAUAUGUCCUGGUUGUCAAACAAUUAAUGUGGAGGCAUUGGGUGGAAUGCUUAAUGAA